UUAACUCAUCUUUUUUUCCCUGAGCCAGCACUUUAGCCUUGGCACUGUUUUUCGCUCCGUUUCUCUCAGGGCCAGUGUGCACUUUGACCCAGAGGAUAUCCUGUGCCUUCUCAGCAGUUGGAGUGUCAGCGCACUAAAGCUUCCUUGCACUUUUACCAAGCUAAAAGGAGAUUAUUUUUACCAAGCUGGUCAAAGACGGACUGGAAACAUUAACUUUCACGCGUGACAAUGAUGGAGGAGGUACAAGACGUGACAUCUGCUCUAAGUGUCCAUGGCCAUAACAUAAAGGUCACGGAUGUGCUGAAAGAUGGGGACACUCUUACCUUUGUGAUUGUGUCUCAGAAGGUGUCUGGGACAGGAGAGUACCAUGUCGACCGCACCUAUGAUGAUGUGGAGUGGCUGCAGCAGCACCUCUUCUCUCAGGAGGACGUACCCGGACUACAUGGUGUCAUAUUUCCUCCAGUUCCUGCAAAGCCUCAGGUGAAUGUCACUGCCAAGGGCAUGAAACAGCUCGGUUUCCUGGGUCUGGGAGAGUGGCAGCCGUACUGUAAAGCACUGGAGACUUUCCUCCGACAGGUCGCUUCACAUGACUUGCUAAAAAAAAACAAAGCCGUGGAGAUCUUUCUUACCAGCUCAGAUCCUCCAGGUCGACAAAGAGUGAAGAAAAACAUCUUCAACUGGCUGAGUCAAGCUAUGGAUGAAAUGAGGAAAGAAGGCCACAAGGAUGUAGACGAGUUCUUUCAAGCGCAGCGUGACCAGAACCUGGUCAUGACAGGCUGCACCAAGAACGCCACUGAGAGAUUCCUAGAGGUGGUGCUGACUGAGCAAAAAAUUGCAGUGGCAUGUGGACACUUCUCAGCUGCUCUGCAUCUCUGUGUGGAGGCAGGGGAGGAUCCUGUCAAACAGGCUUUUUCAAGGAUUUGUGUGAAAUUAUCAGAAGUCUUAGAAUCUAUGAAGAAAAAUAUGAUGAGUGUUGCUGAGAACAAUGUAAACACCCUGGGACUGGGUCUGGACCUGGAGUCACGCUACCAGGAGGCAGAAAAGGAAAUGCUGUUCAGGAGAACCUGUAAACUCGUGGAGUUAGAGACGGCACGGAGGAGUGCAGAGAAGGCCAAACCUGUGAAGAAGGCGGCUAUGGAGGAGGUGAAGAAAGCAGCAGAGUCAGAGUUUGAUCACAUUAGCAGGGUUGCAAAACAGGAGAUUGCACAGUUUGAGAGCGAGCGUGUGCAGAUGUUGCAGCAGGCUCUGGUGGGGUGGUGCGAGCAGCAGCUUCUCACAGCCAAAGAAAGUGCUGACCAGUUCGACCGAUACCUGCAAGCCUUCAGAGGGAUGGCCUAGUGACCUCAUUAACACUCUGCUAAUGGAGCAUCCUCAGUGUUUCUACACGUAGCAAAGCAAAGGAUGACAUAACAUGUCCUCGCCCCUGUUGCAGCCCUGAUACUUGAUAUAAUGGCAUUGAAGAAAAUGUGAGAAAAGGAAACUUUCCUCAUAAUUGAAGAGCAUCUCUCUCUCUCUCUCUCUCUCUCUCUCUCUCUCUCACACACACCAGGCCAAAGCCUUUUUCGACUAUUGAUAAUGUAUCACUAUAAAUCGCAAUCAUUAUAGUUGUGUUGUUUACACCAAA